AUGGCGGGCGGGUUUCCACUUCGCAAAUGGGCAGCGAACUGCCCCGAAAUUCUCGCGGGAAUUCCACUCGAGCACCGCCUAAGCAAGGAACCGCACUUGUGGGAACACGAGAUCCACUCCACACUGGGGCUGCGCUGGCAUCCGAGCGACGAUGCUUUCGCCUUCACAAUCCAACCCCGCACUGUCAGCAGCUACACCAAGAGGAGCGUUCUCGCGGAAACGGCGCGACUAUUUGAUCCGCUCGGAUGGUUGUCACCCGUCAUCAUUCGAGCAAAAAUCCUCCUCCAGUCGACCUGGAUGCAGCAGCUUGACUGGGACGCGCCGCUCCCGUCGGUGGACAUCCUUCACUGGAGACGCCUCUUCGAGGAGCUCCCGCUUCUCGAGGGUCUUCGCGUCAACCGCUGGUUGGGCAGCGGAGCUGAAAACUCACUCAUUGAGCUUCACGGCUUUGCCGACGCGUCCGAACGCGGAUACGCCGCCGCUGUCUACCUCCGCCUUGGGGACGGCAGCAAGGUCCGUGUGCAACUGCUCGCUGCCAAAAGCAAGGUCGCUCCGAUAAAACCAGUCUCGCUGCCAAGACUGGAACUCUGUGCCGCCGCCUUGCUCACGAAAUUGGUGGCGCACGCUCAAUCUAUCCUUAGUUUGUCCACAGCUCCGACUAUUCUCUGGUCCGACUCGACAGUUACGCUCCACUGGAUACAAGGCCAUGCCUCUCGGUGGAAGACCUAUGUGGCCAACAGAGUCGCAUAUGUCCAACAGCGUCUUCCCGAAGCCAAAUGGCGUCACGUUCCGGGCAUCGAGAAUCCCGCAGACUGCGCUUCCCGGGGGAUUGCGCCGAGCCAUCUCGUCCACCAUCCCCUCUGGUGGACAGGCCCUCCUUGGUUGCUCAAAGACCGAGCGAGCUGGCCACAGGAGGGUCUCGAAGUAGCUGACGAUGAGAUCCCCGAGAGGAGAACCACUGCGCAUGUGGCCGUCGCCAAAGUCGAGGACGAACCGGAGCUUCUCCUCCGGUUCUCCUCACUGCACCGGCUUCAACGAGUGACCGCCUGGUGUCUGCGUUGGCUCCGCGCCGCGAAAAAACCCGAGGAGCGCCGCGCGACAUAG